UACUUUUCCUGUGUGCGCAUCCACUCAGCGAUCAGCUCGUACUGUCUGCUUGUCAGCGCAAACAUGGCGAGAGCGGUAGCGGGACUGGAGUUAGACAAGUGAAAUAAAGCGCUAUAUUCUGAUUUUACUGAUUUGCAGAGCAUUGAAAACAUAUACCAGUACACCGGAGGGUGAAAUAAAGUGCCUCGGUGCUAUUUUACAGAGCUGAACCUCGUUUUAAAGGAAUUUUAGGAUUUCUGCUAUAUUUUAAGUGCAGAACAGGGCUGGAGCCAUGACUGCAAGCGCAGGAGGUGGCGGGAACUGUUUAUCCAUGAGUCUGUCUGCCCUGAAGAGACUCGACCCUUAUAUCAGCAGCAUCACCGACCUGGCCAGCCAAGUAGCACUCUACACCUUCAACAACACCUCUAAUGAAUGGGAAAAGACAGAUGUGGAGGGAACUCUCUUUGUCUAUAACAGGCUUGCCUCCCCCAGGCACGGCUUCACCAUCCUGAAUCGCUUAAGCAUGGACAACCUGACCGAACCCAUCACUAAAGACUUAGAUUUCCAGCUGCAGCAUCCAUUUCUCCUGUACAGGAACGCUCGACUGUCCAUCUACGGCAUCUGGUUCUAUGAUAAAGAAGACUGUCAGCGUAUAGCGGAACUCAUGAAGAAGUUGGCAGGGCAGGAACAGCAGUUACAGCAGCAAAUAGCGACUGGCUGUGUGUCUCCACGAUCAGCAGAGCAGGGUGUGGAUAUAAUGCAGAUGCUCACUAAAGCACGAGAUGACUAUGACAAGGGAAAACUCAGCGAGCCAAAAGAAAUUGGCAGUGGUGGUAUCAUCUAUGGAAACCCCCAUCUGAUUAAACCCAUUCCCCUCAAACCAGCACAGGAUGCACACAUUCAUGGACAAACACAGCAGGAUGGAGAAAUGGACUCAAAGCGCCUCUCAGUUGUCACUUUGUUUGGUGCUCAGUCAAAGCCGGACUCUGUCUCACCACAGCCCAGCUCAUCUGUCAGCAGGGUUGGCCCAGCACGGCCUGCAGUGGCCCGCUCGCUGUCUUAUGAUGAUCCUUCUCCGGCAGGUGGCGCUGUGGUGUCCAGCACCCCCAUGCAGCACUGUCCAGCCAUCCACAAGCUCAUGUCUGGUUCGUUGCUGCAGCCUCUGUCUGAAUCCCCAGAGAAACGUCUAUGUGAAAACGGGGCAGCCCAGAACCAGCCCGACCCAAUACAAAAACUGCUUAUGAACCCUCCUCCUAUGGCAGGGUCCCCAGGGAUGCCUUCCUUACAAUUAAAUCAUGGAGAGAGUGGGGUGGGGCCCAUAAUCCACCCUAUGCCUAAAGCCUCAGGGUCAGCACCGGCUCAGCACCUGAUUUAUGUCCCAACUAAAGCGCCCACUGCUGGAGUGGCAGGGAAUGUGGUGUCGCCUCAUGAGCUUCUGCAGAGGCUCACGUUGGUGCAGCAGGAGCAAGAACUCCACCCACGUCAGGAGCUCCUUCAGCCCAGUCUGACCACCAACAGCUCCAGUCUCAGCAAAACCAAUCCAACUCAGGUGAUGUCACCACAGCGUAUUCCAGCAACUGUAGCCCCCAACCUCCUUCUGUCACCCAGUGUGUUCGUCCAGACUAAAGCCACAAGAGCAGAACCAGAACCAGCUGAACCCAGAGCACUUAGCAAGACCCAACUACAGGCCACACUGCUCCACCUCAUCAAGAAUGAUGCCUCAUUCCUGGACACCAUCUAUGAAGCAUAUGUCUCCCGAUUUGCAACAGACUUCAGCUCAAAACCAUUCUAAAGGAGGAACACCAUCUGAGCGUGUACAUUUACAUGCAGCUUUCACGCUCUGAACACAUAUCUGCAGCCCAUCUCAGGACUACCCUGCUGUUCUGAGUUCAGCUCCUCAGCACCAGAUUCACAACAGGAAAACCAGUUUGGUUGCAAGCAAAUUGUAUCAUCUUCAUACUCUAAAUUGAAUUUUCUGAAUGUCAUAUCAGCUUUGAAUUUUAGAUGUUUUUCACAAGUGGGAAUCUUAAAUAUUUUUUAUUUCUUGGAAGGAGAAUUUUAUAAUGGAAAUUUAAUUGAGCUUUCAGACAUCAGGGCUGGAAAUGGCUGUCUGUUAAGAUGGAAAGACAUUCUCCUUUAAAUGAAGGCAUUUUUACCUUUGCAUAUCUAAACAGACCCACAAAAGAAGGAAAAAACAGGACCCUAGCCUCAAGUAUAAUAGAAGUAACAUGACGAAUGACAAGACAAACAUGUCUUUUCUUGGUUUCUAUCAUCUUCAUAUCACAGCUGACACAGGCAGAAACCGUCUUCACCCCUUCAGAAGUCAGCAGGAAUAGUUUAUUCAUUUUAAUCACUUCUUUAAAUUGAAUAUCAAUUAUGUUUAAAUGUACAAACAAAAGUGUACAUAUAUAUAUAUUCUAUUUUUCUAUGGUGUGUUACUUCUGUUCUUAUAUCAACAUGCUGGAAUAUUUUUAGGUUUAAUUUUUUUAAAAAACAAAAUCCAAUACCAUGUCAUCAGUGUUUCCCAAUCAACGGGUUUAAAAUUUAUAACUAUUUUUAUUUUCUUCCAUUUGUUUUUCUUAAUAAAUAAUAUCCCAACACCCCA